GCUCCGAUACCCUCGUUGAAAUAGUGUGGAAUGUGACAUGCUUGUCGCACCAUUAUACAAAUCUUGGGAAUAUCUGGAAACAUGGCCACCGUGACCGUCACCCAACAGCGUCCGCAGCGUCGCCCGAAGAACCUCAAACUCCCCCCAGAAAAUGAACGGUACAUGCGGGCGUGCGCGGAUAUCGCGAACGCCCUGAUCGAAGACCAUGAGGCGCAAUCCAAUGGCUCGAAAGCAAAGAAAGACCUCAACCUCAACCAUCUGCGGGGGCAGAUGUCGAAGAAAUACUACCUCACCACCCAACCGCCACUCACCGCCAUCAUCGCUGCAGUGCCCGAGCACUACAAGAGAUACAUCCUCCCGAAACUCAUUGCUAAACCAAUCCGCACAUCUUCUGGAAUCGCCGUAGUGGCGGUAAUGUGCAAACCGCACCGAUGUCCACAUAUCUCCUUCACCGGCAACAUCUGCGUCUACUGCCCCGGUGGCCCUGACUCUGACUUCGAAUACUCCACUCAAUCCUACACCGGCUACGAGCCGACGUCCAUGCGCGCCAUCCGAGCCCGCUACGACCCGUUCGAGCAAGCGCGUGGUCGCGUCGAGCAGAUCAAGUCGCUAGGCCACAGCGUGGACAAGGUGGAGUACAUUAUCAUGGGCGGGACGUUCAUGUCGCUCCCGGAGAGCUACCGGGACGAGUUCAUCGCGCAACUGCACAACGCGCUGAGUGGAUAUUCCACAAAGAACGUCGACGAGGCGGUCGCCGCGGGGGAAAUGAGCAACAUCAAAUGCGUGGGUAUCACCAUCGAGACGAGACCAGAUUAUUGCUUGGAUCAGCAUCUCGGCGCGAUGCUUCGGUACGGUUGCACCCGUCUCGAGAUCGGGGUGCAGUCGCUCUACGAGGAUGUUGCGCGGGACACGAACCGAGGGCACACAGUGAAGGCGGUGGCGGAAACGUUCAAGCUCGCGAAAGACGCGGGGUUCAAGGUGGUCAGCCACAUGAUGCCUGACCUUCCGAACGUGGGCAUGGAGCGAGACAUCGAUCAGUUCCGCGAGUAUUUCGAGAACCCUGAUUUCCGCACCGACGGGCUGAAGAUAUAUCCCACGCUCGUCAUCCGCGGGACGGGACUGUACGAACUCUGGCGUACUGGGCGAUACCAGAACUACACGCCCAACGCGCUGAUCGAUCUGGUCGCCCGCAUCCUCGCGCUGGUGCCCCCGUGGACGCGCAUCUACCGCGUACAGCGUGACAUCCCCAUGCCCCUCGUCACCUCCGGUGUCGAAAACGGCAACCUCCGCGAGCUGGCCCUCGCCCGCAUGAAAGACUUCGGCACCACAUGUCGCGACGUGCGCACGCGCGAAGUGGGUGUCAACGAGGUGAAGAACAAGAUCCGUCCAUCGCAGGUCGAGCUGGUGCGCCGGGACUACGCGGCGAACGGGGGGUGGGAGACGUUCCUCGCGUACGAGGACCCGAAGCAGGACAUCCUGAUCGCGCUACUACGACUACGAAAGUGCAGCGCGACGCACACGUUCCGAAAGGAGCUGGUGGAGCAGCCGACGAGCUUGGUGCGCGAGCUGCAUGUCUAUGGGCUGGCGGUGCCGGUGCAUUCGCGGGACCCGAAGAAGUUCCAGCAUCAGGGGUAUGGGACGCUGUUGAUGGAGGAGGCGGAGCGGAUUGCGCGGGAGGAGCAUGGGAGUCGGAAGAUCGCGGUCAUCUCCGGGGUUGGGGUGAGGAGCUAUUAUGGGAAGUUGGGGUAUUGGUUGGAUGGACCGUAUAUGAGCAAGUGGUUGGGCGAAGAUGUGGAUUAUGAGCCAUGAUGGGAUGAUAUUGGAUGGGUACGUUGCAUUGCAUGGAUCGGCGCUGGAUAGAACCGUGGGAUUUUAGAUUUGCAUGUCGGGACAACCUUGAUAUGGGAAUAUCAUGUAGAAAUGCAUAAAGACACAGUUUACCUUG